AUGGCGACUCAGCAGUCAGAUAAUGUUGCUCAUGCUCUUUCCGGUGCUGGUGGGGGCAUUCUUUCCAUGGCUCUUACAAGCUAUCCUCUCAUUACACUGUCUACACGCGCCCAAGUUGAAUCAAAACGUGCUGAUUCGGGAUUCCUCGACGCUGUAAAGCACAUCAUGGAACGUGAGGGUGUUAAAGGCCUUUAUGCUGGGCUCGAUUCAGCACUAUUUGGAAUUAGUGUCACAAACUUUGUAUAUUACUACUGGUAUGAGUGGACUCGCUCGGCUUUCGAGAAGACGGCACUCAAGACUGGUCGAGCUUCAAAGAAACUUACAACAAUUGAAUCGAUGAUCGCCGGAGCAAUCGCAGGCUCAGCGACAGUCUUGCUCACAAAUCCAAUUUGGGUGGUUAAUACGCGAAUGACCACACGAAAGAGAAAUAAGGAGACGGAUGGCAGUUUUUUGCCUGGUGUAAAGCCAUCAAACGCUCCUACAACGCUUGGCACAUUGCUUGCACUUCUUAAAGAUGAAGGUCCACAGGCACUCUUUUCCGGGGUUUUACCCGCACUGGUACUGGUUAUCAAUCCAAUAUUACAAUACACAAUUUUCGAGCAGUUGAAGAAUUUCAUUGAGAAGAAGAAGAGAGUCACUCCAACAUUGGCAUUCCUUCUAGGGGCGUUAGGGAAGCUCUUUGCUACUUCUAUCACAUACCCUUAUAUCACCGUCAAGAGUCGCAUGCACGUCGCCGGAAGAGACGGAGGAAAAGAAAGUAUGAUGCAGGGCAUGAAACGUAUUUUGAAGGAAGAGGGCUACGAGGGAUUCUACAAAGGUAGAGAUUUCUCCUCAUUAUAA